GCCGUAGACCCGGGUCCGGUUGUGUUUUUCCGGGGUCCUGCAGAGGCUACCGUCGUGGAUCUUCUUGGUCCUGGUUCUACCGAAAAUCUGCGCAAACAUGUCCUUGAAAGGCCAAGCGCUGCGGGAUCUGGUGGUAGAGCGGCUCGUCGUUGCGGCAGAUGAGAUUUUUGCGCUUUUUGAACGAACAUUUGCGGAAUAUGAAGAAGAGUUUUUGCGCAAGAAUCUGCAGCAGCCGCGAGUCCAGCACAAAGAGGAUAACCGAAACCAACAACCACAGGAAGACCAAGAUGAUCACUUCCUGUUUCCUCCGGUCCCAGUCAAAACUGAGGAUGAGGAUACCAAUAAUCCAUCUUUCCUUCAUCAACCUCCUCCUAAUCCCUCCUCUGCCCCGGAGACCAGAGCCGAAGCUGUGAUCCGAGCGGAGGCAGCGGGAGAGGAGGAGCCCGGGUGCAGUGUGGACUUACGAGCCGAUCACGUACAGGAGGACCAACCGUUCAGCUGUUCAGACUCUGAUGAAUCCGAUGAAGGAUGGGGGACUACUUCUGAAAUCUCCAGCCAGUGUGAUGGACAGGGCUCAAAUGAGGAUCCAAUGAAGGACACAGGCGAUGGCAACAUUCCAGCUCUAUAUAAAAGCUUGUUCUUUCCUGAAAUGGGGGGUAAGAAAGCGAAAAGAAGUGAUUCAGAUGCACGUAAACCUUUCAGUUGUCCAGUUUGUACUAAGGCGUUUGAAAGCGAGGAACUUUUGGACAAACAUGUAGUUAUCCACAACAACCAAAGCCCAAUAAGGUGUCCGAUUUGCAACAAACCGUGUCGAAACAAUUCCAGUUUCAAGAAGCAUUUGAACAUUCACACAGAGGAAAGACCGUUCAGGUGUUCAGUUUGUAUGAAAGGGUUUAAUCAGAAAUGUAAUCUGAAGCGACACAUGCAGACACACACAGAGGAGAAGUCUUUCAGCUGUCCAGAGUGCGGAUUGAGGUUGAAACAGCAGCACAACCUGUUGAGGCACAUCUCCGCAGUGCACAGGGGGGAGAAACCUUACAGCUGUCCAGUUUGUGAUAAGGCCUUUGCGCAGAAGACGGUGUUUAUAAUCCACAUGAGGACCCACACAGGAGAGAAACCUUUCAGCUGUGCAGUUUGUAAGAAAAGAUUCAGGGAUAAGUGUCAUCUAAAGAGACACAUCAAAACACACGGAGACCAGGCCGGAGCACAGGACGAGCUGCACGACUCAAUAUGAACUAAACAGAGGAGAACAGAGAUGGAGGGAGAAGAUUUUAAUGUGCUCAUAUUACACUGUUUUCUCAUCUGUGUUAUAAUGUUGUUUCCUCAUUACAAACAUACCUGGAGUUGUGUAUUUUUUAUUUUUUUUAUUCACACACGUUUAACAGAUAAACCGUGCAUAUUUAGGGUCAGGUUUUCUCUCAAACCGAAAACACUGUUCCACCUUGUGAUGUCAUGUGGUAAUACAGGCGCUGCACUGUGUUUAUCCAAAUGAUUCUAGUGAAGAUGUUUAAUUUCAGCCAGGAAUUGCCAGUCUUUACUGAACAAAAGGUUAAAAAAAAAAAAAAGGAUUAUUCAAAUAUGUGUGAAUGAAACAAAACACAAGUCCAGGUUUAUUUUUGAUGUAACAGCAUUAUAACAUAGUUUGAAUCUCACAUGAGUAAAUUUUGUGUAAUAUAGGACUUUUUAAAACUGUUGUACAUUAGAAAAAACAAAGAAAUGAAGAGGGAGAUUUCAGUCCCAAAAUGGAAGUAUUUACAGAUAACCGACGAAUACAAGUUUGACAUUUUGACUUCAGUUUGAGCCUGUAAUGAUGUGAUUUAUCAUAAAACAGGAGUAUUUAAACUUCUUCAUUAUUUCAAACUGCAGGGGACCGUAGACUGCUGUUCACCGUGACAUUUUCUUUUAAGUAGAUUUCUUUUAACCAAUGACCACAAACGCAUGUACACACAAAGUUGAUCCUCAAAGACUAGUGUUGCUGUAAGUAGACCGUGGAUUUAAGCAAAAUAUAUUUUCAUGAGAUUUUAAAUAUGUGCUAAAAUUAAAAUAAGUAUUGUUGGCCAAAAUGUGGACAGGUGUAUCAUAGUUAUUGUAAAGUCUGUAUCAUUACAUGCAAUAUUGUAAAUGGAGUUAUGCAUUUUUAUAAGCAUGAUUUUGUGUUUUAUUUAGAUUUUUUUACUUUGAAAUCAAAUGUUUAAAUACUAUAAUUUUAAAACAAAAGUCAUCCAGGUGUUAAGAUUUGUGGUCAGAGAUUGAAUGAACUGUAAAUUUUGAACAUUUCCAUGGCUCAUCUGUACAAAUCAUACCAUAAUUUAUUAAUUAUGUGAAGUAACCGUUCCUGGACAUGUUAAAAUACUAAUGUUUAUUUCUUAUGAAGGACUGACGCAGGAGUUAAGCUUCUGAUUUGAGUUGUUUAAGUUUUGAUGAAAAACAUGUUGUUAUUCACUAUAGUUAUAUAAAAAAUAAACUAUUCUAUUCCA